AUGGCCAAUAGCACUGAAGAUCUUAUCGGGAUCCCAUUCCCAAACCACAGCAGUGAAGUCUUAUGUGGACUAAAUGAGCAGCGGCACGAUGGUCUCCUCUGCGACGUCAUCCUCAUUGUACAGGACCAGCAGUACCGGACCCAUCGGUCCGUCCUUGCUGCCUGCAGCAAGUACUUCAAAAAACUCUUCACUACUGGCACUUUAACAGACCAGCCCUAUGUUUACGAGAUUGACUUUGUCAAGCCUGAAGCACUUUCUGCCAUCCUCGAGUUUGCCUACACCUCAACCCUCACCAUCACCACCUCAAACGUCAAGCACAUCCUCAGUGCUGCCAAGAUGCUGGAGAUCCAGUGCAUUAUCAACGUAUGCCUUGAAAUCAUGGGGCCCGACAGAGAGGCCAAAGAGGAAGAUGACAAAGAGGACGAAGAUGAUGAUGAAGAAGAGGAGGAAGAAGAGGAGGAAGAGGAGGAGGAGGAGGAGGAGGAGGAGGAAGGGGAGGAUUUUGUCAAUCAGGAGAGUCUAACUGAUGUCCAAGAAGUAAGCUGUCACCAAAGCCCUUCUAAGUCUGAUCUUAAUGAAGAAGCAUAUAUAGAAGCACCUAAAGACUUUCCAAAUCACUACCCACCCAAUAACUCUGCUGGACACUUGGGUGUGAUACGAGAUUUCUCCAUUGAAUCCUUGCUAAGGGAAAAAUUGUACCCUGAGGCCAACAUCCCAGAAAGGAGGCCACCUCUUUCUUCUUUCACCCCUAACUUCUUCCCCCAUCUAUGGAACGGUGAUUUUAGCUCCUUCCCCCAGCUUGAGGAGCCACAAGUAGACAACAGACCCUUGGAUCUGGUGAUCAAAAAGAGGAAGAUCAAGGAAGAGGAGGAGAAGGAAGACCUGCCUCCACCUCCUUUCCCUAACGACUUCUUCAGGGACAUGUUUACCAACACCCCAGCAGCUCCCUUAGGGCACAUUAAGGCAGAGACUGACUACAGCGCUUAUCUCAAUUUCCUAAGCGCUGCCCAGUUCGGAGGAGUUUUUCCCCCCUGGCCCCUGGAGGAGGAGAGGAAGAUCAAGCCCAAGGCGUCCCAGCAAUGUCCAAUCUGUAACAAAGUCAUCAUGGGAGCUGGCAAGCUGCCCCGGCACAUGAGGACCCACACGGGAGAGAAGCCCUACAUGUGUAAUAUCUGUGAAGUCCGCUUUACCAG